AUGUCUCUCCCAACCGUCUACGUCGUCGCAGCUACAGGCACCCAAGGUUCAGCGGUAUGCCGCCACCUCCGCCAAUCAAACUGGUCCGUUCACGCUACAGUGCGAAACACUGAGUCACCUCAAGCCCGAGCUCUCGCUAAAAUCGGCGUCGUCUUGAACUCUGGCGAUUGGGACGACGAAGAAGCCCUCACAACCGGUCUCGCAGGUUGCAACAAGCUAUACCUUGCUCUUGGACCCAAUUACAGCAAUCUUGACGAUGAGCGCAUUUGGGCUCAGAGGAUUAUUGCACUGGCUAAGAAGGCGGGCGCUGAACAUGUUGUGUACUCGAGUUCUAUUAGCGCCGAUGCUCCUGAGAAGCGCACUCUUCUUCCUCCAAGUCACUUUCUCUUCAAGACCCUAUUCAUCAAGAACAUCAUAGAAGGUCUUGUUCAACGAGCCGGAUUUAAUCACUGGACUAUCAUUCGUCCUGGGUUCUUCAUGUCCAACCUCCUCGCACCAAAAGCUCGUAUCUACAAUGACUUAUUCGAGCGCAACAUCUGGUUAACCGCCCUAAAGCCCGACACCAAGCUCAACCUCGUCGACCCCGAAGACAUCGCUAAAUUCACUUUGGCGGCUUUCCAAAGCCCUGAACGUUUUAACGGAGAGCGAAUUGAUCUUGUCAGCGAGAGGUUGACGGCUGUGCAGAUGAUGGAGAUUCUGGCUAAGGCGUCUGGACGAAACAUGAAGGCUGAGUUUUACACUGAUGAGCAAGUGGCUCAGGCUAUGGAUAACAACCCAUUCAUUGGAUCGCAGGUGUUUUUGAGGGAUGGGGAGAAAUGUGUUGAUGCUGAUAGGGUCAAGACGUGGGGAAUCGAAUUGGGUAGUUUCAAGGAGUUUUUGGUCCGGGAGAAGGAUGCUGUGGCUGAGACAUACGCCUCAUAG